AUGCUACCUCCUCAGCUGCAGUACAGCCUACGCAAACGAUCGUUAUCGACCGGCUCCCUCGACAUCGUCCGAGCAUCGACUAACUCCAUCCUCCGUGGCGGUGUUGCUUGCUCCCAAACACGCAGCUUCUGGGGUUGGCGUCGAUGUGAUUACACCUCUCACAUCGAUCCGAUGUUUCACCGCUUCGUUCGCUACCGUACAUUGAAGACACGAGCAAAGCUUCUCGACAAGCUACGACGCAAAGGUCGAUGGAACUGGGAUGUCGAGCAACGUCCCUUCUUCAGCCCGAAGCACGUAAGAUUAGCACAUCACAUUGGUCGGCCGAGGUGGCGAUACAGCCAAGAUGGCGACAAGAAGGGUGGUGAGGAAAAUGCCGAAGAAGACAGCUAUGAGCUCAGUCAACGUGAGAAGGAGUGGAAAGACCAGAUGGAGUCCAUGCGUAAGCGUCUCGAGACGGAUCCCUACGAGGCUGUGUUUGGGCGAAGAUUCGAGCCAUUUUGGAGCCCACUAGUCCCCAGCUGGAUGCGUGAGGAAAUGGGUUUAUCCCGCUGGCCGAAGCCGAAGGAGACUCCCAGGGAGAGUGAGUCCACCGCACAGUCAAAUGUGAAGCCCAUACCCAAAGCACCACGAACACCGUCUCCAGAGCCUGUAGACAAUGCAAAGCCGCAGAAGAAGACUGUCGAUAGUGAUGGCGAAACUCCCAAUGGUCAACUCACAACCUUUCCGUACAACCCUGAGAACAUCCUUACUGAACCUGAGCCAGAAACCCCGAAUGGCCAGUUAACCAACUAUUCUUAUUCAUCAUCGACUUCAUGGGACUCGUGGAACAAGAAGGCUCGCAAAGAAGAAUGGGACUCUGUGAGCAAUGAGACAAGACGUUACGAGUACGAUCCUAUCUCGAACCGCAUGGUGGCGUUGGAUCAUCCAAAGUCCGGCGAGCCGCAUAAGAUGGACACGCCCACUGCUUCGUCAGAGCCUGGAGCUGCAACUGAUCUAAGAGCACUAGCGUCGACAUUGCGAGAGAACAUGGAUGCUGUCAAGUCAACUGCAGCGGACAUUCCUUCGAAUACGUCAAAGGAAGCACGAACGGCAAUACCUGUGCCCACACAAACUACGCCACCUCCUGCUCAUAAGACAUCGGUCUACUUCCCAUCGCUCAUCAACACAUCCGUCGUGCCGAAGACGAAGAAGUCAUCAUCUGUUGCCAUGGUGCCAAAGAACGAGCUCAAUUCACUAACUGCGGCUGAAGUACGCGCAUCUGUAGGAAAGGCCAAGCGGGACACAAUUACCGAACAGCGGCAACACGAUCGCGCCUAUCGACAUGGAAAGCUUGACAUCAAGCGCAGUCCGUGGGACCAAGCGGAGACGCGCAUCAUGCUUGAGAAAGAGCUCGACGGUCUACAUGACAAGAAAGAGGCGCUGCUGAAGCAUGAAGGUGGUCUGUAUCAUAUCGAGAAGCAGAAGAAGGAAUUGGCUAAGAUUGAGCAAAAGUCGGUCGAGGUCAGCAAGCAGCUGAGGAACCUUGACGCUACGGAAGCCAAACUUGCAACUGGAGAGCCCACGGGUGCUUUCGUCUUUGACAAGGCGAACAAGAGCACUGGUCUCGAGACUGCCUUGUCACAGAAGCAAAAUCUCACUUCGACGUCGCCUCCGCAGAAAAGUUCGGCUCUGCAGCAGUCACUGCAGCCUUCUUUAGAGCGCAUGCAAUCAAAGGAACUCAGUCUUGCCGACGAGCUGGAUGAUUCCGCAGCGCAUGAGUCGACUGGAGAACCCAUUAACUACAAGACUACUAAUGUGCCGAGGGACUGGGAGAAGCAGGCUGAUCUGCUCCAAGCAAACCGUGUUCAGCGUACACGCGGAACCAGUCUUCCAGAAAUCGAUCUCGCAGCAGAUAUUAAUGCAAAGAACGCCGCCAAGUCAGCUGUCGAGGAUGCAAUCGAAGCCAAGAAAACUGGAGCACGCUGGACUGACAUCAUGAACGCGAAGCGAGCUGCAUGGGAAGCAGAGCAAGCUGAAAAGAAGGCUGCCAUCGAGACACGAGACGCCAGCAAGAAUGCCACGCUUGAGAAGGCCAAUGCUAUGCUCGAGUCUGAAGUCAAAGAGCAAAAGUUCCUCGUGCAAGCUCACGAGAAUCGAUAUGCACACAAGAUCCGCUCGCUGCGUCAAGAGCUUGACACAGCCUACAAGCAGAGCAGCGUGCAAGGAGAUAUGCAUACCGAACGAAUUCGAAGCCUCGAGCAGGACCUUGAGAGGGCUCAGAAAGCAGCCGGAGAGACUUCCAAGGUCGAAAAGUUCCAGACUGAGCGCGAACGCUAUCAGGGGAAGACCCGAGACCUGCGAUCCGAGCUGGAUGUGGCGUUCAAGCAGAGCACUAUUGCUUCGGAGAAGCAUGUUGAGCGAAUCAGAUACCUGGAAGCCGAGCUCGAGAAAGCUCUCAACCAUCGAACAGACACGCUGGAGGUUGAGAAGCAACGAUAUGUGGGCAAAGUCAAGUCUUUCCGAGAGGAACUUGACAGGAUGUUCAAACAAAGUAGUGCUCAAGGCGAUAAGUAUGUCGAGCGGAUACGUGAGUUGGAGAAGGAGCCUGAGGAAGCGUGGAGGCCUGCUGCUGCUGCUGCUGCACGAUCCGUCGAAGCCACACAGGCUGAGGGUGACUUCAGUGCGAAUGUGGCCAAAUACGCGAACAAUGCCAAGUGGUACAAGCAGCCACAGCACAACACAGCCACGAAGUCUACUGGUCAUGAGGCAGAGAAGGCGGCUCAGAAGCAGGAAAAUCAAGAGCUUGUCCGCGAAGUCAAGAAACCCUACGAGAGCAAGUACGGUACGAUCGAUGUCAACCAUGGCCAGCCGAUCGGUCAGCCAGCGUCACGAACCACGAAGCAAGCACAGCAGGUCGUUGAGGUCGAAUCUGACGUUGAUCUUGGUAAGGCACUGGCAGACUAUGAAUACGAGCAAAGAUAUGGCUACCGUAAGGACAACCUCGAAGCUGAAAUCGCGGCACAAGAGAAAGCGGCGCACGAAGCGCAAGCUCUCAUUGCAGCAGAGUCCUCUGGCAAGAUGAGACACUCGAUCGCCAACAAGCUUGGUCAUGACCUGGACUCCCAAAGUGCUCGCAUCGUUGAUGAUACUGCACCUCGUCUCAUCCCGACCGAAAUAAUCGCCCGCAGUAAGCAAGAAACUGCAAGCUCGAAAGAAGAGCUGAACACCUUCGGCAUCACCUGGGAGGAGCCACCCGUAUACAAAGUUCUUGCAUACGACUCUGGAAACGACAUGUUCUCGACCGCAACCACAUCCUCCAACUUCACAGGCAACGAGCAUCCAAUCUCCAUCCCCGAAGCACUAUCUCAACUGUACCAGCCAGCGCGAUUCGUGCCUCAUUUCUCAGAGCUCCAACGUGAAGGCUACCAAGUCAUCCACGGCACGAAGGACCUUCUCGUCUUCAAAAAAGUGAAGAACUCCCCGCCCGCACUAUCCCUCGUCGACCACGGUCUCGUCAAGCCAGCCACGGAAGAGACGUCAACAACCAAGACUCCCAACACAACCAUCAACCCAGUCGACGGCAUGACCCGCACAAUCGAACCCGAAACCGGCUCCUUCGCUUCCCCCACCGGCUUCGUCGGCGAUAGAUGGGACAACACCACCUCCGCCGAUAACCUCACCGACUCUCUCAAAGAUUACGAUCAAAAGCACUCUUAUAACCCUCGCAUCAAGCGCGAAGAGCGAGUCUUCUCUGGUUCCCGCCUUUCGAGGAAAGAGAGGAGGCGUCAUCAUCACGAACCCAGUACAGAGCAGGUCAAGGAGUACAAGAAGAAGUGGAAGUCCUACAGGAGUAGAAUGAGGUGGGCACUCGGUGUCGGCCUCGGCGCUAGCUGCGUCGCGUAUGGGCUUGGAGCUGCUGCUGAGAGGAAGGAGAGGAGGGAGAGGGAGCGGUGGGAGGAGAUUCUGGAGGGGAGGAAGGGGAGGUGGUGGUGA